GUAAGUUACUGACUACGGUAGUAUCUCGAGUACCUGGAUGAUAAGAACUUUAAUCAAAGCCCUUCGACAAUUCUCUCCACCUCCCCUUGAGACACCCCCACAACUUCAAUGCCACUCCUAUCAACCUCCCUCCGGCGCCUCUCCCGGAGCACGAUUCCAAAACUAACGCCGGCAACAACAGCUACCAGAUCCUUCAUUUCAACCCCCCCACUCAAGGACUACUACACCCCAACUCCCUUUGUCCACGAAUCUGUUGGGGGAGGAUGGCACUCUUACGAUAUAUUCUCCCGCCUCCUCAAGGAGCGCAUAAUCUGCCUUAACGGCCCCGUACACGACGGCAUAAGCGCAGUAGUAGUCGCCCAACUCCUCUUCCUUGAAGCUGAGAACCCCGAGAAGCAAAUAAACCUCUACAUUAACUCCCCGGGAGGCAGCGUGACGGCCGGGCUAGCGAUUUAUGAUACAAUGAAUUACAUCCAAGCUCCUGUCUCGACGAUUUGCAUUGGACAGGCGGCGUCCAUGGGCUCGUUGUUGUUGUGCGGUGGGACGAAGGGGAAGAGGUAUGCGCUCCCACAUGCUAGUGUUAUGGUUCAUCAACCUAGUAUACUGAUGACUAAGGGGAAUAGUGAUAUCGCGAUCCACGCGAAGGAAAUUCUCCGAGUUAGAGAACGACUGAAUAUAAUAUACCAAAAGCACCUUACGAAACCCCACACACUCGCACAGAUUGAAAAAAUCAUGGAACGAGACCUCUUCAUGGGUGCCGAAGAAGCAAAAGAAAUGGGCCUAGUAGACGAGAUCUUAGUCGCCCGGAAGAAAUCCUCGGAAGUUCCCUCAAUGUAG